AUGGAAAAAGUGAAGAAAGGGGAAGAAAAAGCAGAGGAAAAAGCAGGAGGAAAAGUGAAGAAAGGGAAGGGAAAAGCAGAGGGAAAAGCGGGGGGAAAAGUGAUGAAAGCAGAGGAAAAAGCGGAGGGAAAAGCGAUAAAAGCGGAGGAAAAAGCCGAGGAAAAAGUGAAGGGAGGGGAGGGAAAAGCAGAGGAAAAAGCGGAGGGAAAAGUCAUGAAAGCAGAGGAAAAAACGGAGGGAAAAGUGAUAAAAGCAGAGGAAAAAGCGGAGGGAAAAGUGAUAAAAGCAGAGGAAAAAGCGGAGGGGAAAGUGAUAAAAGCGGAGGGGAAAGCCGUGAAAGUAGAGGAAAAAGUCAAGAAAGCAUUGUCCGAAAAAUUAAAGAAAUUCGGAUCAGGUUCAACAAAACUCAUUGUCUGCGAACGUUCAAAAAGAAAAAUAUCCUGUCCCAAAGGAUCACGUUUGAGAAUACUCGCAGCAAACUACGGGAGAUCCAGUAGAUCAAUUUGUAGAGGCAAAAUUCGAACUCUGAGAUGCGCAUCUAAGAAUGCUCUUGCAAAAGUAAGGGGUCACUGCGAUGGAAAACAGUCCUGUGAACUAUAUGCCUCCAAUACCGUGUUUGGAGACCCGUGCAAGGGGACAUUUAAGUAUCUUGAUUUCACUUACAGUUGCCAAGCAACACCAUCCAAACCUCUAAGGACAUCAGUUCCAAAAACUGUCACAGUGAAGACACCCAACAGUUAUAACUAUCAAUUUCUGACUAAGUAUGGUAUCACCGCAAAAGACAGAACCUGUUUCCAGUUUGAGGUAUUGUCGUGUAACGACGCCCACAUUGCAAUCAUGGACUCGACAAAACAGACCAAAAACUUUUACGAGAUUGUAAUUGGCGGUUGGAGAAACAGUAAAUCUGUGAUACGGAACACAAAGCAAGGUCCCCCAAGGGCGUCCUUCAGAAGUGGGUUAUUGAGUUGUAAGGAAUUUAGACCGUUUUGGAUCACCUGGGUCAGAGGUGAAAUCAAGGUAGGUCGCGGAGGAAUAUGUGAACAACAGGUCCUCAUGAGAUGGAAGGACCCCCGUCCAUACAAAACUAACGUCAUCGGAAUAUCCACUGGAUUUGGCGCUUUUGGAAUUUGGCGAUUUAAACCUGGGAAGCCUCCAGUGUUGCAAGAGGAACCUCAAAUACAGAGACCUUCAAAAGAUGUUUACCUCGGUUGUUAUGAAGAUCGUCGACUUCGUCUUCUGGAUCAAACGUUUAUCAGAAUGACUAAAUUAACAAUAUCUUCUUGUAAGGAACUUUGUAGAAAACGAGGGAAAAAGUACGCUGGAGUACAGCACCGUAAUGAGUGUUUCUGUGGUAAUACUAUGAGGAGAUACCCGAAGAAAGCUGACAGAGAAUGUUCCUAUCCUUGUAGUGGGAAUUCCAAAGAAAAAUGUGGAGCUGCGUGGAGGAUGAACGUGUAUCAGUUGAAUACACCGACUUGUGGAAAAUGUGAUAAGAAUGCCAACUGCCUGAAAGGGAAAUGUGUGUGCAAGAGAGGUUACCACGGGGAUGGCGUCAAUUCAUGUCAAAAAUCAUGUUUCUGCAUGGCAUCUGGAGAUCCUCACUAUAAAACCUUUGACGGAGAAAUGAUCCACUUCAUGGGAACGUGCAAGUACACUUUGACGAAAUCAGUGACUAAAGGUGAUAAAUGUGGGUUUCAUAUCUCAGUGAAAAAUGAACAUCGUAACGGGAAAACCCAUGUGGCUUAUACUCGUCAGGUCGACAUUGAUACUCUCGGGAAGCGAGUCAGUCUACGACUGAAAGGAGAUGUACUGAUUGAUGGAGAGAAGAAAUUCUUACCUAUCAGUGAACUUGGCGGUAAUUUGAAGGUGUUCAGAAGUGGACGAUUUGUUCAGGUUUGGACAUCGUGUGGAGUAAAGGUAAACUUUGAUGGUGUACAUGCUGUGUCGGUAACGGUGCCAGGUAAAUAUCGGGGAAAGCUUUCUGGUCUAUGUGGAGAUUGUAACGGUAAACGUGACGACAUGAGAACUAGUACAGGGCGUGACGUCAGGAGGGAGAAGUUGAGGUACUCGCUGAUCGGAAACAGCUACCAGGUGAAAGAUGACACAAAUAUUGGAGAAGAGAAGUGUAAAACAUUUGAGGAAGACCCAAACACUUUUACAUGUAACAAAAAGAUGAGUACUCUGAUGGCCACAGAUAAGUAUUGUGGUUGGAUUCAAAACAAGAAAGGGCCAUUUGCGGAAUGUAUAGCUAAGUUUCCAGAAAUGUCAAAGGAGUACUUUGAGUCGUGUCGGAUUGAUGUAUGUUCGUUGGAGGGAACUAAUCUAGAGGUGGCCAAAUGUGAGGCUGUGGAGGCGUUUGCGGAGGACUGCGCAGAUAACGGAAUCACUGUCAAAUGGAGGACAACAGCAUUUUGUCCACUAAAAUGUACAGACAAAAAUUCUGAGUACAAAGCUAGUGGUCCGGGAUGUCCAGCCACGUGUUUGAAUCCUAAUGCUGAGGACACGUGUGAGCUGGAACCACAAGAAGGAUGCUUCUGCAAAGCCGGGUAUCUGAUGAGUGAUGGAGCUUGCGUUCCGCAGAAGCUGUGUGGAUGUAAAACAAAAGCUGGCGACUAUUACCCGGUUGGAACCAAGUUGCAGAGCUCUAACUGUGGAUCCACCUAUGUAUGUAGAAAUUCUCGAGGAGUGUCAUCUUUUACUAGAGUAUCCAGAAGACUGAGGUGUCAUAAAAACGCCAAAUGUGGUCUGAACAAAGAAGGCGAGAGAACGUGUGUUUGUAACAAAGGAUUUACCGGGGAUGGAUUCCGGUCCUGCAGACCAAAAUUGAGAAUUUCAAGUUGCGGAGGAAGGCAAUGCUCCAGGAAUGCAUCAUGCCGUAAAGGAAAAUGCAGGUGCAAUCGAGGUUUUCAUGGUGACGGUUACAACACUUGUACAAAGUCGUGUUUCUGUAUGGCGUCCGGGGACCCUCACUAUAAAACGUAUGACGGUGAAAUGAUUCACUUCAUGGGUACAUGCAAGUACACUCUGACGAAAUCACUGACACCAAAUGAUGCGUGCGGCUUCCAGGUCACCGUGAAAAAUGAACACAGAAACAAGAAUACACGAGUUUCCUUCACUCGGAGAGUAGAUGUGGACAUCUUAGGAAAGAGAAUCAGUUUACGUCUAAAGGGUUUAGCAGUGAUUGACGGAGAAAAGAAGUUUUUACCAGUAAGCGAACUCGAUGGAAGACUGAAGGUGUUCAGAAGUGGACGUUUUGUCCAGAUUUGGACUUCGUGUGGAGUAAAGGUUAACUUUGACGGUGUACAUGCUGUGUCGGUAACAGUUCCCGGUAAGUACCGGGGGAAGCUAACUGGUCUGUGUGGUGAUUGUAACGGUAAACGUGACGACAUGAGAACCAGUACAGGACGUGACGUCAGAAGGGAGAAAUUAAGGUACUCUCUCAUCGGAAACAGCUAUGAGGUGGAUGACGACACAAAUAUUGGAGAAGAGAAAUGUAAGACUGAGCAGGACACACCAUAUGCGUUUACGUGCGAUGCAAAAAUGAGUAACCUGUUGGCCACUGACAAAUAUUGUGGUUGGAUCCAGAACAAGAAGGGACCAUUCGCAGAAUGUAUUGCCAAGUUUCCAGAAAUGGCAAAGGAGUACUUUGAAUCGUGUCGGAUUGAUGUGUGUUCAUUGGAGGGAACUAAUCUAGAGGUGGCCAAAUGUGAGGCAGUGGAGGCGUUUGCGGAGGACUGCGCAGAUAACGGAAUCACGAUCAAAUGGAGGACAACAGCAUUUUGUCCCUUUAAAUGUGAGGACAAGAAUGCGGAAUACAGAAGCAGUGGCCCAGGCUGUCCAGCCACCUGUCUGGACCCAAAGGCUGAGGACUCGUGCACUAUAGAACCAACAGAAGGCUGUUUCUGUCGGGAGGGAUUUGUGCUAAGUGACGGAGUUUGCGUAAAACAAGAGCAGUGUGGGUGCAGAAAUGACAAAGGGGAUUACUUCCCGAUUGGAAGCAAAAUUCGUGCCACCAACUGUGCAGAAGUAUUUGAAUGUAAGAAGGUUCGUGGCAAAGCUGUGUUAGUGAAAACUUCCUCGGGCGUCAGAUGUCACCGGAGAGGCCAAUGUCGUCUGGAUGAGAAUGGUGAAAGAAGUUGCGAGUGUAAAAAAGGGUACUACGGGGAUGGAUACAAAACCUGCCAGCCUUUGUGUGGUGGUAAAUAUCGGUGCCACAAGAAAGCCACUUGUAAGAAGGGCAGGUGUCAGUGUAGGCGUGGAUUAUUUGGUGAUGGGGAGAACAGCUGUGAAAAGAUGUGUACCUGUAGUGCAAGCGGUGACCCUCAUUACAGAACAUAUGACGGUCAGAUGAUUCACUUUAUGGGCAUCUGUAAAUAUACGAUGACCAGAUCUCUGAAAAGAAAUGACCCGUGUGCGUUCAGCGUAGAGGUUAAAAAUGAACACAGAGGGCGAAACAGACGUGUAGCAUAUACCAGAAGCGUUUAUGUUAAAAUAUAUGGCAAAGUCGUACGAUUAGCUCCAAAUCAUAAAGUUUAUAUAAAUGGAGAAAAGAAGUUCCUCCCCGUCUCAGAGAACAACGGGGACUUGAAGAUAAUGAUGAGUGGAAGAUUUGUCCAACUGGUCACAAAAUGUAACGUCAUGGUAAAUUGGGAUGGAAAAUCGGUAGUUCAAGUUGGUGUACCAAGGUCCUACAGCAAGAAGAUGGAAGGAAUAUGCGGAAAUUGUGAUGGUAAGAAGAACGAUUAUCGCACCCAAGACGGUGCAGAUGUUUCUUGGAAGAGCAACAAAUACGUUCUGAUUGGUAAAAGUUAUGAAGUGUACGACAACACGGAAAAACCAUCCACUGUAUGUAAAACUCUAGAAGAUGAUGUGCAGUGCUCAAAAGAAAUGCUUGCAAUAGCUACAGACAAAAGUCACUGCGGAAUACUGAAUCCCAAGACAAGGAGAAGCUCCCCGUUUAAUAUUUGCUUGGCUUACAAACCCACUUUGGCCUCACAGAUGUAUGAAUCUUGUAUCUACGACGUCUGCUCCUACUUUGAUGAUGUAACCAAAAGAAAGGAGGCUUCUUGUAGGGCAGCAGAAGGACUGGAGGCCGUUUGUGAAACUAGUGGUUUUAUGGUGCAGUGGAGAUCAUCUGCUUUCUGUCCAAUUAAAUGUGGAGGUAAUCAGCGAUACAGUACCUCUGUCAGCGGUUGCCCUGCCACAUGUACAUCACCAAAUGCGCCUAAUAAAUGUCCCCUUCCCAACACGGAGGGAUGCGAGUGUCUUCCAGGGUUUGUCCUGAGUGGAACAAGCUGUGUUCGAGAGAAUGAAUGUGGAUGUCAGACUGCUAACGGGGAUUAUAUUCCAUUAAAUGCCGUCAUUGUAUCAGAUGACUGUACUACGACAAAGAAGUGCAUCAGAAGGGAUGGGGAGGCAGUUUUGCAGGUUCUUGGUACCAAUGAGCGCUGUCAUUCUGAUGGUUUGUGUGGCCUGAAGGACGGUGUUCGACAAUGUGUCUGUAAGGAGGGUUAUAUGGGAGAUGGAGUCAAUGAGUGUAAAAAACUGUGUGGUGGAAAACACCUUUGUCACGAGAAUGCCAGGUGUGAUAAUGGAAUAUGUCAGUGUAACAGAGGAUUAUUUGGAGAUGGAAUCUCCUCUUGUCAAGAGUCUUGCACUUGCAUGGCGUCCGGCGAUCCCCACUACCGGACCUUUGACGGACAAAUGAUCCAUUUCAUGGGUGAAUGUAAGUACACUCUGUCCAAAUUCAAUUCCAAGGACAAGUGCUCAUUCAACGUAGAGGUUAAAAAUGUAAGACGUCAUCAGAAUGCCAAGGUGUCCUUCACACGACUAGUUGAUGUUAAAGUGCCCGGAUAUAAUAUACGUUUGCUUCAGAAGAACCAAUUAACAAUUAAUGGUAUAAAAAUGUUUGCACCAUGGACAUCCUUUAACGGUUUUUAUAAAGUGACGACGAAGGGACGUUUCCUCACAGUCAGCACAACGUGUGGAGUUGUCGUUAGUUUUGAUGGCGUACAUUCAGUUUCUUUAUCUAUACCAAAACAAUAUAGCGACCAUGUAACAGGCAUCUGUGGCAACUGUAAUGGCAAAAAGGAUGACCUGCGAACAAAGACUGGUGAUGACGUAUCCACGAGACCCAACAAGUACUCACUAAUUGGAGAAAGUUACCAAGUGUUCGACGAUGUCGCAAAGUCCGCAGAAAAGUGUGUCACCACUGACUCUGAUUUCAAGUGUUCAUCUCUUUGGUCCAAGCGAGCAGCAUCAAAUGAGUUCUGUGGUGUUUUGUUGGAUAAAUCGGGACCAUUUGCAAGAUGCAUCAAAGCGGAUGAGAACUUGGCUAAGGAACUGUACCAGUCAUGUAUGGACGAUGUUUGUUCUUAUGAAGACAAACCUGCUUUUGCCAUGAAGACAGCCUGCAUGGCAGGAGAAUCGCUCGCAGAAAUGUGUCUUAUCAAAGGAUUUGGAAAAGUAGUGUGGAGAAAGACCGACUUUUGUCCUCUGGCAUGUUCUGAGAAUGCUGUAUACAACCCAGCCAUUGUUGGAUGUCCACGCACCUGUUCAGAUCCUGAAGGGGAGUCUAAAUGUGAUCUUGUUCCACAGGAAGGUUGUGUGUGUAAAGAGGGAUACAUUCUGAGUGGAGAGAAGUGUGUUCUAGAGGACGAAUGUGGAUGCUUUUUCAAUGAUCAAUACUAUCCUCUGAAUUCCCAUGGACCUCUUACAAACUGUGAAAUCAUCCAGACGUGUGUAAGAAGUGGAGGCAUCAACAAGAUGGCGCUGACCACUCGUCACAUGACCUGCCAUAAGAAUGCGCGGUGUAGAAACGUUCUGGGUGACUUUGUAUGUAGAUGUAAUCGCGGCUUUGAUGGAGACGGUGUGAAGGAAUGUACAAGAACUGAUGAACCUAUAGAAGACUUCCCAUUGAUUUCAGAGGACCCAACUGGUACACCUGGUGAAAGAUGCAGAACACAAAUAACUUACAGCACUUGUGGAUCAACCAUUCAACUUAGCGGAGACUGCGAAUAUGAAUCUGACAUAUUGGCACAAUGUCAGUACAAGGUAGAAACGGCAACUUCUGAUGGUCAAAUACAAGCAGUACUCGCUACGAGAGGCAGACGAUCUCUUGUGUCACGUGGUAAAACGGUGGAGGAAUGCAUAAAGGUUACAAACGACGGAAAUUUCAUCACCAUACAUGAUGACGUGUGUCAGAGAUGUACAACAGAUUACCUCAGGAACCUCAUCCCAAAUCAAACAUGCAAAGCACCCUGA